UCGUGCCUUGAAACUAUGGGUCGAACACGUUUUGAGUAUUUUAGGGCUAAAACACAAAACACCACGGCAGAUUGCGGUUUCAAGACGAGGUCUCUAAAAGACUAAAACAACGGCCGUUUCAGAUAGCGGUCUCAUUACUUCAACUUCUUUGAACCCGCUAGUUUCACAGUUGAUAUUCACUAAUUCCUUCCGGAUUUCAAAGCCACCAUCACGCUUCACCUAUUUUCCUUGUACUGUUUAACGGAUACUCGUUGUCGGAUUCAACGGUUUCUCUUUUGUCCUCAUUUUCUGGCGAAACCCAUAUGAAAGAAAGGUGAAAAACCAUAUCCAAAACUACCCAUCUUUCCAAGACCAUUUUAAAUCCACAGGUUUUUUCUUCUAUUUUUCAACUUGUUGUUUGCUGUGUUUGUGUAAUGUAGUUCUCAUGUGCUUGUUUUCAUUUCAUGAAAUCAAGUGCUGAAGUUCUUUUGGUUUGUGUUCUGUAUUUUGUUGAGACAUUGAUUUAGUUACUCAUUGAGUGUAAGUAUCAUUUAAAACUAAUGAUAAUGGUUUAAUCCAUUUCAACUAAAAUUACUUUGUUCCCAAGCAAUUGGUGGAUCUUCCCAAGCUUAGUUUAUUUUGAAAUAAAACUUUGUCAAUGAAUGUUUUUGACCAUGUGGGAAAUGAGAAGACAACGAUCGGUCUGUUGACAACCUUGUGAGAUAUAUAUCCAGAAGCUUUAUAUGAACAAGUUAUACCUUUUUAUUAAACUCAUGGAUUUGAAAAUGGCUGAAGGUGUGCCUUUUGUGGAACAUUUGAAUGAAUUCAAUAGGAUCAUUGAAAAGUUUAGCUUGGUGAAGGUUGAGUUCAACGAAGAAGCGACUUCUAUCCUUUUUCUUUCUCCUUUACCUGAUAGUUGGGAAUCUAUGAAAGUAGCGUUAACUUUCUCUUUAGGUACAACAAAAUUGAAAAUUGAAGAUAUUAUAUAUAGAUGCAACUUUUACAGAAGAGAUUUAUAGAAGGCACUUUGGUGUGACUUCUACUUCAAAUUCAAGCUUCAAGGAUAGAUGAAAGGAGAAGCAGACAAUUGAGUGCUACUACAGCCACAAGCAGGGUCACAUAAAAGCAUAUUGUAGAAAGUCGAAGAAAGAGCAAAAAGAUAACUCCUAAGUUGAAUAUUGGUUUAGAUUAUUUGGAGACACUCUUCUUGUUUCUCCGCAAGUUCUGUUGAUCGAAAGCACAUAAUUUGGGUUGAUGCAUAUUUGGAGGAAGUAGAGAGCAUUUAAUUUUGUGAGCUGGUUUCUGAAGGCAGGACAAUUUGAGAGUUGUGUGGUUGAGUUUUCUCUUGUUUGUCUUUUAUGAUUUUUAUUCUCAACUCAUAGUAAACAUAUAGGGCUUUCGAAAGAUCAGACAUAUAAUUAUGCAAUUAUUUCUUUUCACUUUUACUUUCUUUGUUAUAUAUCUUUUUAUUCUUUUAAAUUCUUUUAUUAGUCUCUGAAUCUGUCAUCCUUUUGGAAUUGUGGAUGCCUGUACAUGUGUACAUUAAUUGGUCCCAUUCCAAGUGGGAGUUCAAUUGUAUGAUCAUGGAAUUGGAUUGGAUUUAGACCUCCGCGAGGCUCAAGCAUGCCUGCCAAACUCUAUGAUAUUAGCAUAAUUUCUUUACAAAAAGGCCCAAUUCCCUUAGUAAUGUGUGUGAGUAUUAGUUGUAUAGUUUUUAAAUUCAAAUAAGAUUAAAUUUAUUGAAAGCAAUAAACACAAAAACGAGACUUUCGUGGAAACCCGAGUACGGGUUGAAAAACCAUGGUAUUGUUAGUUUUAUUAUUUUAUGAUGAAUAAUACAACAGGUACGAAGAGGGAGAAUAAAUAGAAUACACAAAGAAAUAAGAAAGGAAAAGAUUUUGGAAUUAGGGUAAAUCUUUUCAUAAAUACCAUAAGGGCCAAGCCCACUAAUUCUAACAAAAUUUACAGUCACCGCAUUCUUAGCCUUUUUUAUACAUUGUAGAAAUGUCGUAAGCUUCCUUUGCUCCAUUGGCAGCAGGCACUCACUAGCAUCUCUCUUCCUACAGCACUCAUGAAUUCGAUUCUCAUAUGUAACACCUUAUGUAUUGUAGAAAAUGUCUGCCUACAGUUAUUUACUUUUAAUGUUAUGUAAUCCCGUUUCUGUGGCCCCAUGCUUGUAAUUUACUUAGCUUUGCCGUUGGGUUGAUAAUAUUUUGCUAUUCUAUAUUCCACGUGUCCAUGAAACCCAUGCUCAUUUGAGACUUGGGCAGUAAACAAAGUGAAUGCAGUUUGUAGUUAUGCCUGGGGACUCUCUAAUGUUGCAUGAAUGUUUGAUCCUGCAUUGUUUGGAAAUGUCCAUAUUUUAUUAGGGGAUUUGCUUGGAUUAUAUUUUCUUAAAAUAGUGAAUGAGAGAAGAUGAGUAGGCAAGGUGUUACACUCAUGUGUUACUGGAAUGGGACAACAAUGAGUGGACCACAUGGCAUUUCCUACGAAGGUGCUGCACCAAAACCCAUCCGAGUUGGCUAUGGGAUUACACAUAAUGAGUUGAUUGAUAGGAUAUAUGGAGUUACUGGAUUUGACAAGCAAUCCUUUAAACUGAAGAUCAUAUGUAGGUAUCCGGCAUGUAGAGAAUACAUACCGGUGCCAAUCGAUGAUGAUGAGUCUAUAGAUAUCAUGUUUGACGUGGCACGACAACCGGGAACUAACUGUCUAGAACUAUAUGUUGAAAAAGAGCCCCUCUGCAACCAUAACCCAAUAAAUGUUCCAGAACCAACCAUUGUUGAUAACCAGACGACAGAUGAGAUGGCCACAGAUGAUGCGCAAGUCGAUAGCUUUUUAGAUCCAGGUCCAGUUGACAAUUCGAUUCUUGUUCUACAAAAUCAGCAUAGAUCUGAAGCCAUAUGGAUGGGGGAGGAUCCUAGUGUGUUAACUUGUAGACAACGGCUGGCAGCAAUGAUGAAAGAUUGGCAAUUAGAUCCUCGUGUCCGUCAACUUAUCAUCAAGGCUGGAUUUUAUGGGGUAUAUAGGGUUGGAAUCUUACAAAUUGAUUGGCCCUUGAUUACAGCAUUGGUUGAGAGAUGGCGGCAAGAAACCCACACUUUUCAUUUUACAGUUGGUGAGAGUACUGUCACGUUACAAGAUGUAGCAUUGUUGUUAGGCCUACCAGUAAACGGAUUGGUAGUGACUGGAAAUACUGAUCUCCAAUGGGAAGAUUUAUGUGAGGAGCUAUUAGGGCUCAGGCCGGACUCGAGUGUGCUCCAUGGUUCAGCCCUUAAGGUUAGUUGGUUGCGAACUCAUUUUCAAGAACCUACAUCUGAUGCAGAUGAUGUUACAUUACAACGCUAUGCCAGAGCGUAUAUUUUAAGUUUGAUGGGUAGUGUUCUAUUCGCGGAUAAGUCUGGAGCUGAUGUCCAGUUGAUGUUCUUACCUUUUUUAAGAGAUUUGGAAUGUGUCGAGCAAUUUAGUUGGGGAAGUGCAGUGCUUGCACAUUUAUAUAGAGAGCUUUGCCGAGCCAGCAAGAAAGGAGCCAAUGAGAUUUCUGGCCCUCUUGUUCUGUUGCAGAUAUGGGCAUGGGAACGCCUAGAUAUUAGCCGGCCAGAGAGGUUGGUUUAUAAAGGUCGAAAAUCAAUUAUAUCAGAUACAAAGGCUGAGAAGGAGAGAAGUUCAAUUGCAGGGGAUGCUAUUGUAGACAACGAGCAAUUACCAGCUGAUCCAUUAGGAUGCAGGGACCUGCUUGAUCAGCAAACAGAGAGCCAGAUGGUCUGGCAACCUUACAUUUCUGAGCGUCUUGCAUCACUACCAGAUUCUUUGCUCAGAGACCAACAUGUGUGGCGGACGGUUGCUCCACUCAUUUGUUUUGAUAUUGUUGAAUGGCAUCAUCCAGAACGAGUUCUUCGUCAGUUUGGUCUUCACCAAGAAAUCCCACAGCCUUGUGAUACAGAAACAAAGCUGCAUACCAUUGACAGGCGGGGAAAACAUCAUUAUGAUUGGAAAGCCUAUCACGGACAGUAUAUUAAACUAUGGGAGGGCCGAGAGAAGAGCAUUGCAACGGGCAAGCUAGAAGAACUGCCAAUGCAAUACCAUGAUCCUUACAUGGUUUGGUAUAGAAAUGUUACUCGGCGUUUGAUCACCCCUCUCACCCAAAGGUCACAUAUGCGGUUUCAGCCGUCGAGUGGAACCUCACAUUUACUUGUACAAAGUUUGACAACUAUUCAUAACCAGUGUGCAUGUGCACUUGAAUCUUUUACGAGUGAUGGUGCUAUGAAAUCAUUGGAGUGCAUUCAAACAACCUGCAUUCGAGUUUUGCAGAUGAUUGGAGAAACUCGUCAUCUCAAAGGAAAACAAUCAGUUAUUUCAACCAAACCAAUCACAACCAUUCCAAGUUCUACUAAUGAUGCUAACAAUACAGAAAAUCACCAACACGGCGAGUGUGCUUCUCCAUCUGUACAUACAGUGAGAGUUCUAACUAAAGCUUCAUUGGUCAGGGGACAAGGAAGAAGUAGAGGUAGAGGUCGUCCCAGAGGCAGCAUCAAGAGUAAAGGUGGAGGUUAUUGCAAGGCUCAAAGUGUUGUGGUUGAGACCUCUUCACCAUCAUUUCUAUCAUUACAUUCAACUUCAGAAUCCUUGCAAUCCAAUAACGGUUGGGAUAGACAAUUGCAUAUUGAAGACACGGAGGUUGGUACAAUGAUCGAACCAGUGGACUCGGUUUCUGCUGAAAGUUCACCAGAGAGUGAGAAAACAUGUGUGAGAGAAAAAUCACCAGAACAAUCGUGCCUGAUGUACAAGGAAAGUAAAAGAGACGUCGUUGUGUCGCCGUCAAUUAGACCGAUGCAUCAAAUGAAGGGGGAUAAAAUGGAACAGUCGGUACCUCUACUAGAACAGGAAGAGAAGUCCAUCAACCUUUUGGGUAAGGAAGAUAUUGGGAGAACAGUUGCUUUACCAAACGUUGGAUCGAUAUCUGGCUUGUGUGAUCUUAGUCCUGCUGAGCAGUCUGGGCAUCCUACUUUUCCUAAGAAACGAAAACACAUUUAACAAAAAUGAUUUGUAUAUUAUUAUAUAUUGAGAGUUUGUUGUUUCUAACCCUUCAUGCUGAUUGAUAGUGGACUUGAAGCACUUUCAGGGACGCAAGUCAUCAAUCAUGUGUAAAUACACUUUAUCUAGUUAGGAUUAUUGUCUAAAUUGUGUUAAGCUAUGAUUUCUUAAUGUGUAUACUCGAAUGAGUUACUCUUGCUCACUGGUAAACCAAUUAAUCUCUUGCAUCA